GCAAGAGGUAUUAUUAGAUUAGACUCGCUGGUUAGAUUAUACGCAGGCUGAAAAUGGAAGUUGAUCGUCGUGCAAAGCCUUCAAAGACGGCUCUGGGCGCCAAAAAAGGCUCCGGUAAAGGGUACUCCGAAGACCCCCUCAGUGCCUUCCUGUGGCUGGUGUUAUUUAGCACUCUCAUGUUUACGGUUCCCUUCCUUGUUUUCUUCAUUGUCAAGUGGAGUUUGCUAGAAUACCUCGCGGUUGAAGGCUUCGAGAACAAUUGCUGGUCGGCAUUGGGUGCGGUGGUUGCCGUCAAUUUCAUUAUUUACUUGUACGUGUUGAAAGCAUUCCGCGAACAGGAAAAGGAGUUGAAGAAAGAUUAAUAGUUUUAAGAGAUCAAAUUUGACUGCUCUAGUUGUAUCAAUCAUUAUAAUUCCAAAGAAUAAAGUACUUUUGGACACUUUA